AUGGUGCAACUAGAGGACGGCCUUGGAGUCGAUAUCAACGGCACCGUGGAGGUUUUACAAUCGUCAUCCGAAGAUACGCUUGAAAAUGCACUCGACACAACUGCAGAGAAACCCAAUCCCAAUGAAACAUGGAAUUGGGAUGAUGAUCCGAGCAAUCCUUACAACUGGCCAACAAGCCAAAAAGUCCUCCAAGUAGUGAUGAUUGGUUGGUCGGCAUUUACAACGACCGUUGGAGUCUCUAUACUAUCACCUGCCCACUCGCAGCUCAUGGAAGAAUUCGAUGUUAGCAGCACCGUUGCUAUAUUACCCUUGUCGCUCUACGUUUUCGCUCUAGCCCUUGGUCCUAUCGUUGGCGGGCCUCUCUCUGAAACUGUGGGGAGAUACCCAGUCUACAUAGGAGCGAUAGGUCUAGGCACUUUAUUUACUCUAGGUGUUGGAUUUUGUCCCACCUUUGCUGGGGCCUGUCAUUGGAAGUUUUAUAGUCAAUCGGAAAGGCUGGCGUUGGACACAGUGGGCAACGAUCUUCUUCGCCAUCUUCACGGGCAUCACAGUUGCAAUUACCAAAGAGACCUUUCACCCUAUCAUCAAGCGUCAUCGUGCCAAGGAACUCGGAUUAGAGCUUCCCCCAUCCCCCCUCUCUCUUCGAAGCUACGCCUAUUUGUAACAAUUUCUCUCCUCCGCCCUAUCCACAUGCUUCUAACCGAACCCAUCGUUGGGUUUAUUUGCCUUUACAUUGCUUGCGAAUUCGCAACACUCUUCUCGUUCUUCGCAGCCUUUCCAUUGAUCUUUCAAGGUAUUUAUCAUUUCAACAUCGAGGACUCCGGCCUUGUCUUCUUGGCUAUUGUCAUCGGAAGCAUACUAGGAACUGUCACUGUCAUAUUAUGCAACAUUUUCCUUUACCUUCCAAAAGUCUCAAAGCAUCCAGACGGGCAAGUCCCACCCGAAUAUCGCCUCUACCCGGCGCUAAUAGGUAGUGUUGGACUACCGAUCGCAUUGUUCUGGUUUGCAUGGACUACCAGAGCUGACAUCUCCUGGGCGAGUCCAGUCGUUGCAAUCGUCGUUUUUGCAUGGGGAAAUCUAUGUGUCUUUGUGAGCACAACGCAGUACAUUGUGGAUACUUAUCAUGGCCUCACUGUCGCAAGUGCAAUGAGCGCCAAUGGUUUGGCACGCUAUGGACUCGCAGCUGCUUUCCCUCUGUUUACCGUCCAAAUGUACACCAGGCUCGGUGCAGGGUGGGCGUCUAGCUUGCUUGGGUUUAUUGCAGUGGCACUUUUGCCAGUUCCGUGGGUCCUUUUCAAGAGUGGAAAGAGACUGAGAGCUCUGAGUAAAUAUGAAACCGCGGAGAAUAGUACCAAGUGA